CUCGGUCUGUCUGCAGAGAGUCUCCGGUAUGGGCAGGCGCCUUACUCCUCAACUUUUUACCGGAGAUUUUUCCACUGUUACGGUACAUUUGACACGGUUUAUAUCCUCUGGAAAUGGAUGUCUGACCGGAAUAACCCGACAGUGAGUCCGUCGUGAGUUAAUUCGACCGUUGAAAUUCAUUUUUUGUUGUUCGAGUUGUUGAAGGAAGAGGGGGAAAAUGCCAGUUGCAACUCUUCUGCCUUUCACCGCGACCCCGAAUAGGAAGUCUGCCAGCCCGACCUCAUUCAGGUUGACAGAGAAAUUUAUUUUGUUAUUAGUCUUCAGCGCUUUUAUCACCCUGUGUUUCGGGGCCAUUUUCUUCCUACCGGACUCGUCCAAGCUGCUUAGCGGAGUUUUCUUUCAUUCCUCCGCGGUGGAGACCAACACCCGCACCGGUCCGGACAGCAGCGACCCAGGUUCGGCUGGAAACGACGAGAGGGUCCUGGCCAAAAUCAGGAAAGACCACGAAAAAGCUCUAUUAGAGGCCAAGGAUACUCUACAGAAACGGCCCGACGAGAUAAAACAAGACAUUUUAAAUGAGAAGGACAAAGUUCCGAGGGAGAGUUUGGGUCAAGGUGGGAAGGAUGUCAAUAAUUUACCUUCCGUUGAGUACCACCGCCCGCCGGGGGCGACUGGACACGAACCUGUGGACCCCGAAACCAAGGAGAGACGGGCCAAAAUCAAAGAGAUGAUGAAACAUGCGUGGGACAGCUACAGGCGCUACGCCUGGGGUUCCAAUGAGCUCAGGCCCGUCUCCAAGCAAGGCCACUCCAGCAAUCUAUUUGGCAGUAUAAAGGGAGCAACAAUAGUGGAUGCUCUGGAUACUCUCUACAUCAUGGAGAUGUUUGAAGAGUUUGAGGCUGCUACAGACUGGGUUGAGAAAAACCUCGACUUUAAUGUGAAUGCUGAAGUGUCUGUGUUUGAGGUGAACAUCCGGUUUGUUGGAGGUCUGCUGUCCGCCUACUACCUGUCUGGGAAAGAGGUAUACCGUAGAAAGGCGGUGGAGCUGGGUGAAAAGCUGCUGCCUGCCUUCAAAACGCCCACUGGCAUCCCCUGGGCUCUGCUUAACCUCAAGAGUGGUAUUGGUAGGAACUGGCCCUGGGCAUCAGGCGGCAGCAGCAUCCUGGCAGAGUAUGGCACGCUGCAUUUGGAGUUCAUGCACCUCAGCAAGCUCUCAGGGAAUCCUGAGUUUGCACAGAAGGUAAUGAACAUCCGGAAAGUACUAAAUCGCCUGGACAAACCCCAGGGGCUGUACCCCAACUACCUGAACCCCAACAGUGGCCAGUGGGGCCAACAUCAUGUGUCCGUGGGUGGCCUAGGCGACAGUUUCUAUGAGUACCUGCUCAAGGCCUGGCUGAUGUCUGACAAGACUGACGAGGAGGGCAAGAAGAUGUAUUAUGAUGCCCUGCAGGCAAUAGAAACCAACCUGAUGAGGAAGUCGAGCGGCGGGCUGACCUACAUAGCGGAGUGGAAGGGAGGGCUGCUGGAGCAUAAGAUGGGUCACCUGACCUGUUUCGCAGGCGGCAUGAUCGCUCUGGGUGCUGAUGGGGCGCCCAGCGACAAGACGGGCCACCAGAUGGAGCAGGCUGCUGAGAUCGCCCGGACCUGUCAUGAGUCUUACGCCAGAACAGCUUUGAAGCUGGGCCCAGAAGCGUUCCGUUUCGAUGGAGGAGUCGAGGCCAUCGCCACCCGCCAGAAUGAGAAAUACUUCAUCCUCCGUCCGGAGGUCAUAGAGACCUACAUGUACAUGUGGAGGUUCACCCACGACCCCAAAUACAGGGAGUGGGGCUGGGAGGCUGUUCAGGCCUUGGAGCAGCACUGUAAAGUAGAAGGAGGCUACAGCGGCGUCAGAGACGUCUACUCUUCAUCUCCCAACCACGACGACGUGCAGCAGAGCUUUUACUUGGCCGAGACACUCAAGUAUCUCUACCUGCUCUUCUCUGACGAUGACCACCUACCGUUCGACCACUGGGUGUUUAACACCGAGGCUCACCCUCUGCCCGUCAUCAAGAAGGACAAAACAGACAUACCCAACGAAGUGGAGUAGUGGACCCUUCCGAAGUGCGAGAACCUCUGAUCCUGUAUACCUGAGCCUCCAGCUGUCUGUCUGAAAACAGUUUAGCCAUUUGGAGUCCCCAGUGGUUACAGAUGCCUCUUGAUUGGGAUUUUUUUUUUUUUUUUUAAUUUCAAUGGGAUCAAAACAGAAUUCAAGUCUGCUGGCGAUGAAUUCUUGCUGUAGAAUCCAGUUUUUGUUUUUUGUUUUUUAUGGUCAGCUCUGGUUGAGUCCAGACGCCGACCUGAACCAACACAUUUACUGCCGGAUAAUAACUCAUCAUAAGAAUGGAAGUAUGAUAUCAUCAGACAGGUAUUGUGAGUUUUUGAGUAUUCUUGCAUUAUCAAAGUGGUACUCUGAAGAUGUCAUUGCAUCAAGUGGCAGUUUAUCUCACUACCGAUUAUUUUGACUCAUUCAGAGGGACGGUCUGACCAGUUGUCACAUUAUUCGUCAGUGAUUUUUGUUGUUAGCAGCUGCAGCUGUUGUUUUCGUUGUGAAGGAGAACACUGACAGACUUGAAGCAGUCGUCUCCCUGAUGUGGAUAUUUUUUGACCUGAGCUUUGGGAGAAAAACUGCAGCUCCCGUCUGAGGAAUUACAAGGCUGACUUAGCGAGCUAAAGGAUGCUCCGUUCACUUCACGCGCGUCCUCUUUUUCCUUCUGCUGUACCGCUUCAAUAUCCAAAUAGGAACCGGUUUUGCUGCGCCAACGCUGGCGCCACCAUUUCCCCCACCUCCACCACCACCUUACUUCUACAUCGUCUUGAGAGGAAUAUUUGCUUUUAUAAAAACACGCGGUUGUCUCUGUGGGAGUAAAGGAAAGACGCAGCACAACCCGAGCCUCUUUUUAUAGUCCCGCAGGACUUGAGGACCUCUGCUUCCUCCCUAUUACCUGAACACCUGACUGCUUCUUCCUUCCUCUGAGUGUUGGGUGUGACACAGGACGACCAGCCACACCAGCUCUCUACCUGCCAGUAAAUUCACUUUCUCCCCAUGACGUUUACACAAAGCUGACCCUCUUCUUCUGCGCAUCUCAUCUACAGUUCAGUUUCUGGCUUCGGAUCCUGGAUUUAUUUCUUUUUUUUAUUUCUGGGGUUUGAGCGAUACAGGUUUGUCCAAGCUGAUGACUGUUUUUCCCUUCAAAUAUGAAACUAUUUUUUCCAAUUUGACCACAAUAAUUACACGUUUGCAGUUUUCCCCUCAGGAUUUUAUUUGUUGCUCACCACAAAAAAGUAAUUAUCAGCGAUUAUAAGGGUUUGCAAGUAGCUGUGCCAUUGUCUGACCAAAAAAUCUUACCUCAAGGUUCAGUUUUGUGGAGCUGAAAACAUUUCAUUCAUUCGGCUUUCUCAGCUGUAAUGGAGCACGGAGAUGAGCUCAGCCGUUAGCUGCAGCUGAAUGCUCUGGGGAAAAAGCUCGUAAGUGGACCUUGAGUCAAAUCUUUCUAUUCAUAUACUUACUUUUGGCAAACUACUAUUCCUGAAGCCAAGAAUAAGUAAUAAUGUUGUUGGAUUAUGGUAAUUAAAAUGGAGAAACUGUUUCUUAUUUCCUUUUUUCAGACCCUUGAUAUCCACAAACACCAUCUGCAAAUUUGAACAUUUGAUGAGUAUAAACUAAAUUUUUAGACCCCAGGACCCUAAUGGUUCCUCUAAAGAUGAUACUGAUCGAUCAUAUUCAUCAGCAAACCUGUGUUUCAAUCAAACCCUCUUUUUCUGUUGUAUCACUUCUUCUUCUUCUUCUUCUUCUUCUUCUUCUUGUCUCCGUCCUCCAGCUCCAGCGUAGGGCAGCCUGUAGGAUCUUCUCUCCUCUAUGAGGAGACGCAGACACUCGACUUUGCUGUAAUGUUUCACCCUCACACAAACACUCACACAGAAGAAGCCAUACUGAUUCAAAACAGCUUUACCAUUCUGUCUGUGAGAUUUUUCUUUUCUUCCCUUCAUCCUCCACACACACAUUGGGGGAUGUGUGUGACUGUAUUGAUACAAACUGUUAUUGUUGUUGUACAUUUUCAUCAGAGUACGCACUCAUCAAAGUCAGUUAUUUAGUUGGAUUUUAUGGUAAAGAUUCCUCCUGAUAACACACACAACUGUAGCCAGAUAAAAUCCAGUUUAGUCUCUCAAUCUAGUGCCUUCACUGUUGAAAAAGAAAACGAGGAGUCGGAGGGAAAAGCAGCUCACACAAACACAAGAGAGGAGAGUUUUAAAUAGUCACAGAGCUUUAAGUAAAGUCCCCAUGCAUCAGAUGAGGAUUAUACCAAAACUACCCGCUGAUUGAAGGAUGAUUCCUGCUCUUUAAUUCGAUAUUUAAUGUAACUUUGGAUUGAAAGUAGCCCGAAAUGGUGAAAAGUUUUUAUGAUAAGUGGGAGAUUAGACUUGUAUAGGUUCAUCUGAGGAAAUUAUUUCAAAAUUAAAAUGAUAACUUUGUCCUGAGGCCGUCACCUGUAGGGAACCAUCAUUAAAUGGUUGGAGACCAGUGAAGGUUCCAGUCAGCAGUUAUUUCCUUGGCUACACUGACAUCUAGUGGUGAGACUUUGCUAUUACAGCCCACCUGGGCUAGUCAAGAACAUCAUGUGGUCGUCACUUAUAAACACGUGAUUCUUACCAACAAUUUCACAUGCUGCCAGAUGGUGUCAUCCUAUAAGAGAAGGUAAAAUCCUUUAAUUAAAGUACAAAAAUUGACAAAUCAUCAAAUCUUAAAACAGUGUAUUUUACCGAUGGACCUCUAAUUGAUAAAACUGACCUUUGCUUUGCAGCUUACUGAUUAGUUUGAGCCUUUAUUAUGUGUAUUUGACUUGAGAUAUGACACAAAAAGACAGUGGUUGGUAAUAUCAAUGUCCAUGUUCCGAUCUCUCUCCCAUGCUUCUGCUUCUGUAAAUAAGUGUUAAACACACUUUAGUGUCACUGGGAGAUCUGGCAGAUGGUUCAAUCAACAACAGCAUCGCUGUCUGAAACAUUUUAUUAGCAUAGAUUCAUAUAUUUCAGCUGUCUGACAGAAGGCAUGCAGACUAAGUGACAGUUUAAACCAGAAACCGAGUUUUCUUCCUCUGCAGGUUUUAAGACAUUUGGCCCAGGUAUCACAGAGCAGUCUGUAAAGAAAAAGUCCACCAGUUUUUGGCAGUAUGCUUGACGCUGUCGUGGCUCAUAGUGUAAGAUGCUGGCAUUUUAAUCGUCUGCAAACCAUCAUUUUACAUUUGUAUGUUUCAUACAUAUGACUUGACACCUAGGCCAGAGCGUAAUCAAGCAGUUGACCAUUGUUCGAGACCAACAAACAACAAAAGUGGGUGUUUUUUGACAAGAGUUCGGGACAUUUCCAGCUGUGAUUGUAGCGACCAAACUGGGUAUUUUAAGCCCAGACAUGAUUUCUUUCCUAACCAAGUUGUUUUUGUGUGGUGACACAGCAUAUCAUAAAACUUCAAUUAAUAGCCUGGGCCAUUAUUUGCUUAAAUCACUGAACGGGACUUUAUUUGGGACAGGCCUUUAAUUCCUUUCACACAUAACUGCUGCUCAGCAAAGACAGGGAAUACAAUGAAAAUAUUUUUUUAUACUGGUAUGACUAUUAUUUGUUUAAAAAAUUAGGCUUCAGAUAAUAUUUCAAUUAUGAAUCGUUCAUUUGAUCUAGCACCGACAGACAGCGCAUCAGAGAGAGAGUUACGACACUUGAGGAUUACGGCACCACUUUAUUCUGUUAAAACAAUACUCACAACUUAGAUUAAUUUUUAUCAAAAACCUUUUUGUUUCUUUUGAUCUAAGUACCCUCACGGACCAAAGGAAUAUGAAUAACUUACAGAGUAAGUAUCAAGGAAUGGACACAUAAUUCCAGGUAGCCAACAACCCACUUAUAUACAGCCAAAGAACUUCUAUAAAGAAAUAUGCUACUUUGCAAACAGGCCGGGCUUCUAAUUGAGACAGGCCUUUAUUUGAAGUUUUAUGGUAAAACUGAAAGUUAAAAUGUGAAGUUUCAGCAUAUCUGCUACAUAUGAAACAUACAAAUGUCACAUAUACAUGGUUUGCAGAAAUGUACAAGCUGACAUUUAUUCCAGUAACUUGGUUGGGUUUUCAGCAAAUUUUAACCAAAAACUACCCAGAUGGAUCCAUAAGUACAUUUUUCUACAUUUUAUCUCCCUAUACAUCCAAAAUUUCUUGUGUUUUCUGCGGCAAGCUAAUGCAGUGAGUAUUUAAACUAAAUAACAUCCUCUUGCAACAAGAAGAGCUCAUGAAUUUUUCUAAUAAACAGAAACUAAAGACAAAAUUCCAGAAAAGGGUUAAAGAGCUACUGAUUUUGCUUCUGAUUACGGUAAAAGGAACAAGAAAUGGUUUAACUACAAAGUGUUUGUGCUGCAAAUGAUGUUUAAAUCCAGUUAAAUCACAUAUGACGUUAGUCUUUCAUUAGAUUUUCACCUGGUUGUAAUUAUUCCAAAUAAACACCGCUAAAUUCCAAAAUUUUCCUCAGCCCCACUCAUGUAGGCAUAUCAGUGAGUCAGUCUUCUUGCUCAAAUUGAAUAUAAUGUUGAGUUCCUGAGCUGUGAUAAAUCCCUCCAUGAUCUUCACAUCACUGUACCGGCGACAGCGUUCUCAUGUUUAAUCUGUUUUUGUUUAGCGUUAGAGGCAUUUAUUGUCUGUGUGAUGUUGUAUUGUAGUGGUUGAUUUUUGCUGAUUGUGUUAAUUUAUUCUGUAGUCGUGAACAUAGGACUUGAGGGGGUAUGGGAGCUGACCCCCAGGUGGCGCUGUGGAUUUAAUGGUUCGUGACUGGACCACAAGUUAUUGUGCAAAUUUAUCUACCAAAAAAAAAAAGACAUCCUGAGCUGAUGUCUGUAAGAAUUUAAAGGUCCUGUGCUGUUCAUCUUUUUGUUAACAUCGAUGAUUGAAGCUGCCACAGUGGUCUCAGUAUAAACCAAUGAUAUCACCAGUGAUUACAGGUGUUUAAAAAGGCUUGUCGUGGUAGCUUUAAAGUGAUGUUAGCAGAAAGGUUUGACGCCACAAAGAGGGACCUGGGAGUCAAUCAAGCAACCUUACAGGAGAAUAGGAAAUGUAUGAAUGUACCAUCCAAUGUGAAGUGAAGAAUAUUUUAUAUGCAUUUUUUUUUUUUUUUUUUUGUCUGUGUGUGUUCACUUCUCUGUGCUUUUAUAUUUUCUUUUAUCCUGGAAAGCACAAAUGUGAGCAGAGUCUGUUUCCUGAGUAAAAAGAGGGAAUGGCGGGUCCGUUGAGUGUUUCUGAUGGCUGUUAAACACAGCAACGACGUGCCGUUAAUGUAGGAAAUGAUCCAAAUCUGCCACAUGAGGCGUAUAUGAUAGGUAAUAUUGAUUUCAUUUGUGACACAUGGACGUACAGGAAUAUUCAGCAUUAUAACAUAACCCAGAUGUGUUUAAGUGUUCAGACACUGAAGCUGCUUCAUAUGAAUACAGAGGGGAAAAGUGGUGACUCUGCUUCAUCAGUGUUUUGGUUCAUAUAUGAGUCACUAAUAUCAGCUUGUAGAGAUGUGUGUGUUCACCGUAUUGGCCCAGAGAAUGGUUAUAAUGAAGGAAAGUCCAGAUUGUGUAAAACUGUGUUAUAAUGUAUUUUAGUGUCCAUUAUGGAGACACUUUAUUGUUUUAAUUUUUACCCAAUAAUUGGAUUCAUAUCCUGCAAAUUUUUAAAAAACAGCAAAGUUAGUUUGGUAAAUAAGGUGUCAUGUUAAGUUUUAUUCAAGCAGUCAAAUUGAUCUUUUGGUAAAGCAUCGUGAGAUAAUUUAAUGUAGUUCAUUGUGGUCUCUGUUGUCAUUAGAAAUUCCUAUUUCAAACUUCUGUGUUGUUUUAUGGUCCAGUUGGUUCAAGUUUAAUAGUUAAAGGAAUGUUUCACCCCCCAAAUCAACAUUUGCGUGUCAGUUUCUCAAUCUAAGUUUUCUCACAUGCCUCAACACAUGCAUUUUUGCUUAAACCUUACUUUAUAAAACACUUGUGCAUAAACAGUAUGACACAUGGACAGGUGGUGCACCUGGGCAACCCAGUGUAAUGCAUGAGCAGAGUUCAAUCCCAUGGCUUGCCGAGGUUUCCUGCUCGUAUGCUGACAUUUUUAAUACAAAGUUAUCAAAAAUCAUGUGUUUAUGAAGUCCUGAGCAUUGGACCAGAUAAACAAGACUUGGAUUAUGCUGCAUGAGUUUGUAAAUGGAUGUUUUGAUUUAGUUUUCCCGUUUUUAUACAUGGACCCCAAUGACUUUAAUUCAUCAAAAAUGUUCGCUGUUUCAGAUUCUUCGUUCACCGUGGAGGCAUGCGAGAAAAACUAAGAUUUUUGUCACAAAUUCAAAGUAACACAGGGUGAGGAAUUUAUAUGAAAAUUAUAAUUUUGUGGGUGAAGUGUUCCUUUAAACUGUUGCAUCAGUUAAUGGUAAUUAAGUGGUGACUGAGUGUAUUUUAGUUGAACAACACCGAGCUGGUGGGUGGAAAUAGUGGAUUACUGGUGUUAGUGUUUUUUUCUUGGAUACAAACAGCUUGAAAACUCCAUACAGAAAUUUUGAAUAUUUUAUUUUAGGCCACACUGUGACAGUAAAGUGUUGAUGCUGCCUGAAUUUGAUUGAAGUCAAGCUUUAUUAAUUCUGGUUACGGAUCAAACUGGUGUUUCUACAAAGAUUAUUAUGGUGAGGGAUGUAAUUGUUCUUGUUUUUCCUACAGGAAGUCUGUUAGGGUGAGCUGGUAGAACAUGGUUUCCUGUUUGGGGAGGGAGACCACAGUGUCGCUCUUCCAGUCAGAAAUUAGAUUUUCAGGGUGUUUGGGGGUUUAUAAGUGUGAUAAAGUAAUUGCGUGUAGACCUGCAAACCUGUAUUUUGAAACCUUGAAAGCUUAGAAACAUCAGUCAGGUUUUGGACUUGUGAUUUAGACUUAAAGGGCUGAUCCACUGUUAUUCCCCCAGUAGGAAGUCAGUUUUACAACAGUCGACCCUACAUGUGGUUGGCUCCUGUUGGCACCCUCCUGGAGUCACCUGAAAAAGUUUUAAACAUGUUGUUUUCACUCAUGUGACACUGCUGUGGUCAUUUCACCAUCUGAACAGGAAGUACGUGCAGAAUGUAUUUGGUUUUCCAUGUGAGCCGUCAGUGUGAGAUCUGCUUCAGCUUCACGUAGUGUGACAUCAGACAUCUGCUCAUUUCCACAUGCAGACUUUAUUUUUUAUUAUUUUUCUGAAAUAAAAAGGUUGAAUUGUUUUUGGUGAUUUUCUGAAUAUUGUGUUGAUCUGUUGCGUUCCAAUGCCUUUCUAUUGGUGAAUAUUAAAGGGCAAUGCCACCUUUUUUUAAGAAUUCUAAAUGGAGUCAGUCCUCGUGAAAAUGCACCACUUUUCUCAAAAUAAACUGCUAAUUUAUAUCACACUGACGUUAUUACUUUUCUUUACAUGUGGUGUAAGAUCACUAACUACGACUGACCUGUCCCGGGACUCAAAUAAUCUGAAUUUUUAAAAAACAGUUGGCGUUGCCCUUUUAAAGGUUUAAGUGUGUGAAACCAACCUCAGAAAUGUAUCUGUACAAAAUAUUGCUGAUAAUCAUUCCAUUGCACAUAGUUUACUUUGCGUUCAAAUGCAAUAUCUUAAUUUUGUGGGGAAAUCUGUUUUAUUGUGUUAAUAUUAUUAUUAUUGAAAAAAAAUGUAAAUAUUCCAUUCCGGCAGACGAGCCGUUCUACAUUUAUAUGAAAAUCUUCUGAGCUUAUGGAUUAAAAAUGAUAUUAAUAAGCAGCAGACUUUUUAAUAAACUAUAUUUGUUACACUUCUAUUGUGAAUAAAAACAAUCUUUUAAUAA